GUGCAGGCGCUCUUCACGCAGCUAGGGCCCCUCUCGACGGGGAAGUUUAGCUCGCUACGGGUGGCGCUGCUUUUCAAGCCGGGCAACUACAGCUUGGACGUGCCCGUGGGUUUCUACACUCAGGUGCUGGGACUUGGCGAGAGCCCAGAAGAGGUGACGUUCACUGGCCGCCGUGGGGUGUAUGGGCCCAGCGAGGCAGACAACGUGAACUUCAACACGUUCUGGAAGGCCGUCGAAAACGUCGCGAAUCGCCCCACUUCGCAACGUACGACCUGGUCGGUGUCACAAGCCGCGCCCAUGCGACGGGUGAAGGUUCACGGAGACCUGGCCUUCGGGGAGCCCGGAAAGGACGGGCCUUCCGAAGGCAGCGGCGGCUUCGUGGCGAACUUGGAGGUCACCGGCACAGUGGAUCUAGUGCGGCAGCAGCAGUGGCUCAUCCGCAGCUGCAAGGUACGGAACACUACCUACUUCGACAGCCCACCGCGUGCCGUGAACUUCGUGUACGUGGGCACCGAGGGGGCUCCAGCUGAAACGAGCUGCACGAACUCCCUGCAGGAUCCCGUCUCGCCUCAUCCUCAGAAUCUCUUGGUGGAGAAGCCGCCGGUGCUGCUCGAGAAGCCUUACAUCACAGUGGAUGCCAUGGGAAAGUUCAACCUAGCGAUCCCCCGACCGGUCUGGGGACGAAGUGGGCCAAGCUGGGACGAGGCGGACCUCACCGGCUUCGAACACGUCUUUGUG